AUGGCACCCAUAACGGUGGAUGUCUGCCAAUUUGACGCCCCAGGUGGCAAGAUGUUAACACAACGGGAAUUCACAUUCGAAUUCAAUGAUGGGCUCGACUUGAAUCGACUCCCUCUUGAUCUCAGACCGGGACAUUACUAUAUAAUCACCAAAGGUGACCCAUGGCGUCUUUGGAAAGACACGAAUUUUGAGAUCAUUGACCAUUUUGGCGUGAGGUAUUAUGCCCACGCCGCGGACUUUUACCUUUCAAUCGAACCACAGCACUUUGUGCCCAUGGAGAAAAUCGUCGAAUGGGGGGUAAUAAUCUGGGAAAAGAGAACACGUCCUUCUAUCCAAGUAAUCAAGGACACAUCCCCCUCUGCCAGUAGCGCCCCUUCUGAAAGACACAGCGGGAGUCUCUCGUCGAUCAUUGGUCAGCCCGUCGACGCCGAGGAAGGAAGAGAUGAAGAUAUGGCUGUCACUACAGAAGUACCCCGUUUUAUUAAGGUAAAACUCCGCCAUUUUACCAGUACAUAUGGCGGAAAGCUGAACUGGCUAUCAUCCAAGUUAUACACCUUCGAAUUUACGGAUGGGAUCGAUCUGCAAAAACUUCCUCUUGAUUUUGACGAUCUGAGGGAUGUCUGGAUAAUAACUAAGGGCGACUGGCAGCGUAGCUGGCGCAACAUCAAAAGACUAAAAGCUCCUGGCCACCCCGACGUAAUAUACGUUGCCCCCGGUCUCAAUUUCUUCCAUACAACAGAUCGAUUUCUGUCCACGAGUAAAAUCUUGCAACAGAGGUUGAUAACCUGGGAAGUUGGACAGGAACCUUCCCUCCUAGUCAUCCGUUCAUUCGACUUACUUGCAUUGCUCUGUGACCAUCGGCGUAGGUCGAUAUUGGGUUGGGUCAAAUUCUCGACGUGGUCGGUACGGUCCCGCCUCCAUCGAUUCGUCACGAGGGCAAAGGGUCCGUUCCAGCUCGGUGGGAUGACCUACGGUCAUGAACCUGAUUUCUCCCAGUACAUGAAGUCACAGACAGAGGGUACAUCACUUCCCCCAGCCCCGUCUCCCUAGCCGUCGCGUGGCGGAUUCUGACCCUACAUGCCACUUGUGUCGUUACGCCAUGUUUGAGCGAGGAUGAUGAAUAUACUAUUAGGUUGUUUCC